GUGUAGAGGGGCCGGGACCAGCAGCCUCCUGAGUCCGGGGGCGGGGCGGGGAGUGCCCGGGCUGAGGCGGCUGGCGUCCGAUGGAGUGCUAAAGAGGGUCACGCUUCCUCCUUCCCUCCCCGCCCCUUCUUCUCCUCCCACCUGGGCCUCGGCGUGGAGACGCGCACCUGGCAACCGGCUGCCGUGCUCCGCCGCGUCCCCGCCUCCUCCGCUCGGGCCCGGUGCCCCGAGCCCGACCCCGGCCCCCGGCGCUCGUCUCUCCGCCGGCGCCGCGCUCGCUGGAGGCGGCCUCGAGCGCUCGCUCGUUGAUGCCGUUUUGGGGGUGACCCGACGCGGCGGCGGCGCCUCCAUGGUGGGGGCGUGUUAGUGGCCGCGGCUCUGUCGGACGUCGAGUGCGCGGCUGCGGGGUAGCCGAGCAGCCCGUCAGUGAGACGCCGCGCGCGUUUCGGGUUUCGGGGCGCUGGAGGAGGCCGCCACGGCCGCGCGGGAGCGGGAGAUGUUGGAGCUGAGGCACCGGGGAGGCUGCCCUGGCCCCGGGGGAGCGGUGGCGCCGCCACCCCGCGAGGGAGAGGCGGCCGGCGGCGACCACGAAACCGAGAGCACCAGUGACAAAGAAACAGAUAUUGACGAUAGAUAUGGAGAUUUGGAUUCCAGAACCGAUUCUGAUAUUCCAGAAAUUCCACCAUCCUCAGAUAGAACCCCUGAGAUCCUCAAGAAAGCUCUGUCUGGUUUAUCUUCCAGGUGGAAAAACUGGUGGAUUCGUGGAAUUCUUACUCUAACUAUGAUUUCAUUGUUUUUCCUGAUCAUCUAUAUGGGAUCCUUUAUGCUGAUGCUUCUUGUACUAGGCAUCCAAGUGAAAUGCUUCCAUGAAAUUAUCACUAUAGGUUAUAGAGUCUAUCGUUCUUAUGACCUGCCAUGGUUUAGAACAUUGAGCUGGUACUUUCUACUGUGUGUAAACUACUUUUUCUAUGGAGAGACCGUAGCCGAUUAUUUUGCCACAUUUGUUCAAAGAGAAGAGCAACUUCAGUUCCUCAUUCGCUACCAUAGAUUUAUAUCAUUUGCCCUCUAUCUGGCAGGUUUCUGCAUGUUUGUGCUGAGCUUGGUGAAGAAACAUUAUCGUCUGCAGUUUUAUAUGUUCGCAUGGACUCAUGUCACUUUACUGAUAACAGUUACCCAGUCACAUCUUGUCAUCCAAAAUCUGUUUGAAGGCAUGAUAUGGUUCCUUGUUCCAAUAUCAAGUGUUAUUUGCAAUGACAUAACUGCUUACCUUUUUGGAUUUUUUUUUGGGAGGACUCCAUUAAUUAAGUUGUCUCCUAAAAAGACUUGGGAAGGAUUCAUUGGCGGUUUCUUUUCCACAGUCGUGUUUGGAUUCAUUGCUGCCUACAUGUUAUCCAAAUAUCAGUACUUCGUCUGCCCAGUGGAAUACCGAAGUGAUGUAAACUCCUUCGUUACAGAAUGUGAACCCUCAGAACUUUUCCAGCUUCAGAGUUAUUCACUUCCUCCCUUUCUAAAGGUGGUGUUGAGACAGGAAACAGUGAGCUUGUAUCCUUUCCAGAUACACAGCAUUGCUCUUUCAACAUUUGCGUCAUUGAUUGGCCCUUUUGGAGGCUUCUUUGCCAGUGGAUUCAAAAGAGCUUUCAAAAUCAAGGAUUUUGCAAACACCAUUCCUGGACAUGGCGGAAUAAUGGACAGAUUUGAUUGUCAGUAUUUGAUGGCAACUUUUGUGCAUGUGUACAUCACAAGUUUUAUAAGGGGUCCAAAUCCCAGCAAAGUGCUACAGCAGCUGUUGGUGCUUCAGCCGGAACAGCAGUUAAAUAUUUACAAAACCCUCAAGACUCAUCUAAUUGAGAAAGGAAUCCUGCAGCCCACCUUGAAGUUAUAGCUGGGUCCGGAAUGGGAAGGACUGACAAUAAGGAAUUCUACAGAAAAGCACUGACAGAUGAAAUUUUGUAAUUGUACAGAAAACUGGUUGAAAAUGCAAUGGAUUGAAGUUUUAAAGACACGAAUGUUUCUUCUCUAAAAUUACUGUGAAUAUUUAACCAACACUUGAGCUAAGUUAUGAAAUGAGUAACAAAUGAUCAGCAAAAGAUCCUGUACUUUUUUCUAAAGAGUAUUUUCUGAUGUAAACUUCCUUCCCCUGACUUGCCUACAUUUCAUAAUGUAGAAGACUUUGUGUUUUAAAGAGUCAGACAGAAAAAGAAUAAAAAUUGAGGAUGUCUUAAGAUUGCAUCUGGCAUUGUGCCCUUUGCACAAAUAUUUACUUUUGUACUUGGAGUUGCUCUUAAUUUUAACAAAAUGUUUUAUGUAAGGCACAACAGGAAGUUAGUUCUCCUGUACUUCCUCCUCUUAGUCUGAAGUUGCUUCUGAAGGGCUAAGUUGGAUCCAAAAAAAAAAAAAAAGAA